AUGGAACAAGUAACAAGGAGGUUAGGGAUGGCCCAUGAAGAGAUCCAAAGGCUCACUGAUGAACUGCAAGGGAAGGAGAAAGAACAGAGUAAAUUAGAUUCUGCACUUGAGAAGUCUCAACUAGAAAUUGAGAAAUUGAAAGAAAAUUUGAUAAAGCUGAAAGAAAAUGACUCAGUUGACCUACGGAAAGCAAAGGAACAUAAUCAGAGACUGGAUGAGGAAAUUCUGGCUUUAAGAAAUCGAGUUCGAUCACUUGACUCAGAAAGAAAGGUACUUGGCGAAGAGGUUGAAAGGCUUAAAGGACAAAUUUGUGAAUCUCAAGAGAAUAAGCAACUUGGAAACCACUCUCCUGGAAAAAUGGUGGGUGCUGAACAGAAAGUAGAGGGGUCUCCACCCCUGGGCUGCAGACCAGUACCAGUCCGCGGUCUGUUAGAAACCGGGCCGAAUAGCAGGAGGUGCUAUGGAGGCAUCAUGAAUAGUUGCCACCAUGCAGACUAG